UGAUUUUUCUAAUUAGUUGGUCGAAAGGAACAUCAAAAUUUAAAAUAAAUAAAUAAAUUAGAAAGCCACUCAAAAAUUAUGUUGGAAAUUUUAAUUUUGUUACGGUUUUUGCAAACAAAAUUCAAACAAAAGAAAAUUUGCAAACAGGAAACCAAAACCCUGAAGCAGAAAAUAAAGGAGGAAGAUGAUGAACACAACCACCGGCACCGGCGGCGGAGAUGGCAACGAACAACAUCUCAUCAAAACCAUAACCACCAUGCUAACCAACCACCAAAACCCACAGAACCUCCAACCUUUCAUUCCUCACCUCACUCUCCCCAUCAUCAUCUCAAUCCUCUCAUGGAAGCCACUCCACUCUCACCCCCAAACCCUAGUUUCCUUCUUCAAAUGGUUCCAAUCAAACGCACCUUCCUCCCUCUCCAUUUCCCCUAAACCUCUCCUCACUCUCCUCCCUCCCCUCCUCUCCCGCCGCAAAUUCUCCGACGCCAAAUCCCUCCUCCUCGACUUCAUCUCCUCCGAUCACCCUCGCCAUUCCCUUCACUCCCGCCUCCUCCGCUCCGAUCACUCCAUCCCUAAACCCCUCCUUGAUACCUCCAUAGCUGCUUACGUUCUCUCCCAGCAACCUCAACUCGCUUUCGAGAUCUUCAACAAAAUGAAACGGCUUCGCUUUCGACCGAAUCUGCUCACGUGCAACACUCUCCUUAACGCGCUCGUCAGGUCGAAUUCCUCUCAUUCUAUUCUUUUGUCCAGACAGGUUUUUCAUGAUUCAAUAAAACUUGGUGUUCAGCCUAACACUAAUACCUUCAACAUUUUGAUUCAUGGUUAUUGUUCGAAUAAUAAUUUCAACGAGGCGUUUCGGUUGAUUAAUCAAAUGGGGGAGUUUGGUUGUUGUCCUGAUAAUGUUACUUAUAAUACUGUUUUGAAUGCUUUGUGUAAGAGGAGUCAGUUGAGUAAAGUGAGGGAUUUGUUGCAACAGAUGAAGAGUAGUGGUCUUGUUCCGAAUAGGAAUACUUAUAAUAUUUUGGUUCAUGGGUAUUGUAAGGUGAAAUGGUUGAAGGAAGCUGCUGAGGUUAUUGAAUUGAUGACUGGGAAUGAUAUGUUGCCGGAUGUUUGGACUUAUAAUACUAUGGUUAGAGGUUUGUGUGACGAGGGUAAGAUUGACGAGGCUAUUAGGCUUAGAGACGAGAUGGAGAAUUUGAGACUGGUGCCUGAUGUUGUUACGUAUAAUACUUUGAUUGACGGGUGUUUUGAGCAUCGGGGUAGCGUUGAAGCACAUAAGUUGGUACAGGAAAUGAAGUUGAGGGAGGUUAAGGAAAAUGCCGUGACUCAUAAUAUAAUGGUUAAGUGGCUUUGUAAGGAAGGUAAAAUUGAUGAGGCGAGUAAUGUAAUGGCUAAGAUGGCGGAAAGUGGGUUCUCUCCGGAUUGUUUUACUUAUAACACUAUGAUUAAUAGUUAUUGUAAGGCUGGAAAGAUGGGAGAGGCGUUUAAGAUGAUGGAUGAAAUGGGGAGGAAGGGAUUGAAAACAGAUACUUUUACUCUAAACACCAUAUUGCACAUUUUGUGCUCGGAGAAGAAGCUAGAGGAUGCAUACAACUUAACUAUAAAUGCCAGGAAACGAGGUUAUAUUCUUGAUGAAGUAACAUAUGGAACUCUAAUCAUGGGGUAUUUCAAAGAUGAACAAGCAGACAGGGCGUUGAAGCUUUGGGAUGAGAUGAAGGAAAAAGGGAUUGUUCCCACUGUUGUCACUUAUAACACUAUAAUCAGGGGAUUGUGUCUGUCUGGAAAAACUGAUCAAGCUGUUGAUAGACUGAAUGAGCUUUUGGAGAAGGGUUUGGUUCCCGAUGAAGCUACUUGUAACAUAAUUAUUCACGGUUACUGCUGGGAAGGAGUGGUAGAGAAAGCAUUUCAGUUCCAUAACAAAAUGGUAGAGCACUCAUUCAAACCAGACAUUUUCACGUGUAAUAUUCUUCUCCGGGGACUUUGCAGAGGGGGUAAAUUGGAGAAAGGUCUUACCCUAUUUAACACAUGGAUCUCUAAAGGGAAGCCCAUUGACAUAGUCACAUAUAACAUAGUAAUAUCCUCUUUUUGCCAAGAAGGACGACUUGAGGAUGCAUUUGAUCUUAUGGUAGAAAUGGAGAGGAAAAAUAUGGAGCCUGAUCGAUAUACCUAUAAUGCUAUUGUGAGUGCGCUUACUAAAGCUGGUAGAACCGAGGAAGCAGCAAGCUUGGUUUCGAAACUUGCAGAGAAAGGGCAGGAUGUGAAAGCUCAAGACAAUUCUCCGGAGGUUGAUACAAGUGAUAUGAUGUACUCGGAGCAAAUAAGUAGUUUGUGUACUCAGGGGAAGUACAAGGAAGCAAUGAAACUGUUUCAACAGGCAGAGCAGAAAGGAGUUUGUUUAAAUAAAUAUACAUAUAUCAAGCUAAUGGAUGGGCUAUUGAAGAGGCGGAAAAGUAUAUCAAAGGCUUCCAGAUAAGAAUUACACAAUAGAUUGUCUCGAAUUUCAGUCUGUCCCGGCCGAUUUCCCUAACACCAGCAAAUGUUUUUUCUUUGCUCACUGCGCACUUUUGAUGAUCCCAGAAGUACAUAAUGGUCCAGCAGAAGUGCAAGCUAUUGAUGACCAUUCCGGAACUGCAAUGUUUGCGCAGUUGGGCACUCUUACUAGAAAAAUAAAACCAACUUUAUUCCACAGAUGAAACCACUGCCUGGACUGCUACGAAUAGUGUUGUAGAUGCAUUAGCCGAACUUUGAUGUGCAUAUGCAUCCUUUUUCUAGGAUAUCAAAUAUUGUUGUAGAUCAGUAGCCGAAUCAGCUGCAAUUGGAAAAGGUUUCAGUCAUUCGACAAGGGUAUCUUUCAAAACAUUCUUCCAAUUGGAGGGGUGACUGGAAGAGAUGAUUGAUGCUGAGCAAUCAGAUUUAAGCUUCUGCUUCAGAAUUAUUUUACCCCCAAAGAUGUAUGCUUUGCAGUUUACUAUAACGAGGGAACUCCCAAUUUGAUUUGGAUCAACUUUGAUGUAAAUUUAUGUGAUUUGAAGGACCAACCGGACAAAUUUGAAUGAUCGUCUCGACUAAGACAAUACAAGAAGGAUUACGAAAGUUGAGGAUUGUCGGCCGUCAAUUGUUUCAUAUGGAUGUGUUAAGUUUACUAACAUGCAAAUUCAAAAUGAUGUGAGAACAUGUUUUCAAUAUUUGAUCAAUAUUUUUUCUAGGGACUGGUCAUGUUAGAUGAUACUCUAGUCAGAUUUAUUCAUGGUAUCUGUUCAAGUGGUCAUGUUAGAUGAUACUCUAGUCAGAUUUAUUCAUGGUAUCUGUUCAAGUUUGAUUUAUCCCAUGCCAUUAAUUGCAAACGCGACAUGCAUGGUUGGACUUGAUGAAGAAA